AUGGAAGACUUUAUCUUAUUGGACAAAGCGACCACUAAACAAAUCGUUUUAACCAAUAAGAAUCCUUUUUCAUUGUGUUACGGUGGACAACCAGGGACAAAUGGCAUCUCCGGCAUGCAUGGCAUGCCGGGCUCCCCUGGGGCACCUGGCUGUGAUGGACGUGACGGAGUUAAAGGCGACCAGGGCAGCCCGGAAAGGACUGGGCCCCAGGGACCAGCUGGUGCAGAAGGAAAGAAAGGAGAUAAGGGAGAGUCUGGAGCCCAGGGCCCCGCUGGGCAAAAGGGACAGCGAGGGGAGAAAGGUGAGAGAUCGCCUCAGUUUUCCUCGCACAUGAACUGGAAAGAAUACACCUGGAAAAAGAGCGACAGCAAAGACUCAGGUGUGAUUCAGAACUGUGAAUUCAUGAAGAAUUUCACAGACACUGCCCUCCAUGUUUACUUUGCUGGUAACCUCAGGAUUUAUGGAUGUGACGUCUGCUGUAGUCGCUGGUAUUUCACCUUCAAUGGCACCGAGUGUAGCUCUCCUGGCUCCAUUGACGGUGCCUUCUAUAUGGCAAACGGCAAGAACCACGAUCUUCUUCGUCACCGCCAUAUUGAAGGUCAUUGUAAUAACAUCCACAAGGGAAAGGUGCUAGUAGGAUUCUGGGUUGGAAGUUGCAACACUGGGCACAAGAAUGCUGAUGCUUACACAGGCUGGGCGACAAUGUCCCGGAUCUUCAUUGAAGAGGUUCCGAAAGCUCAGCAGUAACCACGCUGCACGUGAUCAACUAGACUUUCUAGAAAAACCUUGAUAUAGGAAGGAUAGAAAAUUGCAAUGCUGUAGGCGUUCAAGCGUUCGUAACAAUAGAUUCGAAACUGUCGUAUCAGCUGAGAAUUAGAGUCCAAGAACAUUAUUAAA